GCCUUUGACAGCUGUCAAAAAGUUAAACAUGAACGUGAGAGUGGUGUUGUGAUGGUGUUUUAAUUUUAGUUUUAUUUCAAUAAACUCUUUCAAAUGGAAAAUUUUUCACGAGUAGAGAAAAUAGGAGAAGGUACUUAUGGUGUUGUGUAUAAGGCACGAGACAGAAUCACUGGAAAUGAGAUUGCUUUGAAGAAAAUUAAACUUGAAAAUGAACCAGAAGGCGUGCCGUCCACAGCUCUCCGGGAGAUCUCUGUCCUGCGAGCCCUCAGGCACCCGGGGGUGGUCCGCCUCCUCGAUGUGCUGGUCGCCGAGCACACCCUGUAUCUAGUGUUUGAGUAUAUGCACUGUGACCUGAAAAGACUGCUGGACAAGUCACGAGGGCCACUGCCGGCUGACCUGGUGCAGAGUUACACCAAGCAGCUGCUAGAGGCACUGGCUUAUUGUCAUGCUGGGCGCGUCCUACACAGAGAUCUCAAGCCCCAGAACCUACUAGUGGACUGUCAGGGACGCAUCAAGCUAGCAGACUUCGGCCUCGCCAGGGCCUUUCAGCUGCCACUCAGAGCCUACACGCACGAGGUGGUGACGCUGUGGUAUCGUGCCCCGGAGAUACUGCUGGGGACAAAGUUGUACUCUACUGCUGUUGAUAUAUGGAGCUUGGCGUGUAUUGUCGCUGAGAUGUCAAGCGGCCGAACACUCUUCCCGGGCGACAGCGAGAUCGACCAGCUCUUCCGCAUGUUCCGCGCUCUCGGCACCCCCGGGGCCUCCGGGGUGUGGCCGGCCGCGCGGUCCCUGCCCGACUACCGAGCCGCGUUCCCCCGCUGGCCCGCGCGCCCCCCGCGCCGCCUGCUGCCGGCCCCCACGCCGCUGCUGGCUGAGCUGUUCGAUGCUAUGUUGCGCUAUGAGCCGGCUGAGAGAGUCUCAGCCCGCGCCGCCUUACAACACGGCUACAUCCAGGGCGCCAAGCUGGUGCCGCCCCCGCACCUCGCGCCCGCCCCCGACAGCGCCGGCUCCUCGACUGAUGAUUAGUGGGUCGCGUUAACAGUGUAUACUAUAUUGUAUAUGGGUCAGAAGCCCAACGUCCACCGCCGGCCAAACUAAGUGCCCCUUAUUAUAAAACGUAGACUAAAGAUAGCUCUGUUUUAGAACCGGUUAUAGUAUAUAGAUUUCAUAUAAAUCAGUAGUCUAAAGCCGGGUUUAAACUAGAAAUAUCUUUAGUCUUCGUUUUAUAAUAAGGGGAAGUUAGUUUAGCUUAGCCCGCUUAGUUGAGCCAGUUUUUCAUACAUGCGCGUCUGUUUGCAGUGGACGGACAUGUAUGAAAAACUGGCUUAACUAUGCGAGCUAAGCUUAACUAACUUAGUUUAGUCGGCGGUGGAUAUUCGGCUUUACAGUGAGCAAGAGAGAUAAGUGUCCACCUCUUGUGAACAGAAUUUAUCAAACUCUAGGAUGAAACUGUUUUUACUUAAUUAUCUCUUUUGAUGACUGUAGUCUUACUGGGGUUUUGGGGGAGUGGGAUUUUGUCAGUGGAGCAGAAUGUAGGCCAAGAUAUGCUGAGAUCUUUCAAAAUCGUGAUGUUGAUCAGUUUGUCGGUUUCUACCUGCAAAUGCUCUACUGAUAAAAUUCUACCCAGUAUGAUAUUAUUUUUUUAAGUUAUAGUCUUAUAGUAAGUAAUAAAAUAUAUUUAUGUAAGAAUCUUUA